AUGGAGGAAGUCAAGCAAUCUCAAGACUCGCAAACUGCCUCCGAUUUCAUCGAUCAACAACUAGCCCUCGAGGCUGAUGCGCGAGAGGUGCUUCCAUAUAAAUUCGACAAAUGUACCAACAUUCUCGGUCCCCUCCGCCAGAACGUCUUCGCCUGCCUGACAUGCAGCCCUCCACCCGCCUCCGCAGCGCAGGUCUACACGCCCGCAGGUGUCUGCUAUGCCUGCUCCAUCUCCUGCCAUGGUGAACACACCCUUGUUGAACUGUUCGUCCGUCGCGACUUUGUCUGCGACUGCGGCACGAGCCGAUUCCCAUCGACGUCGCCUUGCAACUUGCGAUCCGAUCCCGUGACGGGCAAUCGCGGAGUCCAUUCGCAGGAACCAAACAGGGGAAACCACUACAACCAUAAUUUCCAAAACCGAUUCUGCGCGUGUGGGGAAGAAUACGAUGCGGAAACGGAGAAGGGCACCAUGUUUCAAUGUCUGGGAUUAGGGACUGUUGAGAGUGGUGGGUGCGGAGAAGACUGGUACCAUCCGGAGUGCCUGAUGGGGUUGCCGAGAGAUUGGUACAAGUCGGUGGUCGACUCGAAACCACCUGCAAAGGCGGAAGAGGAGGAAAUACAACAGAAAGGUCAGAAGACAGAAGGAGACAAAGAGGCGGGAGAAGAACCUAGCCAUCCAGUCCCGCCGGGCUUCCCCAACGAAGGUGACUUUGAUACCGUUAUAUGCUACAAAUGCGUCGAGUCCAAUCCGUGGAUCAAGAAGUACGCCGGGACACCGGGCUUCUUGCCAGCAGUGUUCAGAACGGACGCCCAGACAGGCAAAGUGAACGAUACUUCUGAAUCAGCCGGCCCUGUCUCGCUCAAGCGCAAAGCCUCCGACGACGACGACGACAUCUCAGCCGGCGGACCACCCAGCCCGUCGAAGCGCGUUAGGAACGAAGACGAAACAUCAGCAGCUAUUCCAACCACCUCUAGCGAGACACUCGCCGUGAAUUCCACCACAGAAACCACACCCAGGCCCAAACGCUUACACGAAUCCCUCCCCAGCCCCUCCCCAAGGGGCACCUUCUCUUUAUUCGCUCGCGCCGAUUUCCGCGACCACCUCUGCCACUGCCCUGAAUGCUACCCCCAUCUGAUCCCGCACCCACAACUGCUCGAGGAAGAAGACACAUACGAGCCCUCUCUCUCAUCCGAAGCCUCAUCCCACCCCAACCAUGCAAACGGCGGCUCGCGAUCCUCGCGUGCCUCGCUGCUCGAUCGAGGCGAAGCCGCGCUGUCGAACAUGGACCGCGUCCGCGCCAUCGAGGGGGUGAUGGUGUACAACCACCUGCGCGACAAGGUGAAAGAGUUUCUCAAACCGUACGCCGAGAGCGGCCAGGCCGUCAGCGCAGAGGACAUCAAGGCCUACUUUGAGAAGUUGAGGGGUGAUGAGAACGCUAUCAAAGAGGCCGGUAGGGGCGCGGCUGGCGGUCAUAGUGGGGGACCUCCGAAUGGCGGCGGUGGAGAUGCGAAUGCUGGAGGUGGAGGCGAGGGCGGAGGCGGCAAUACUACUAGGAGAGAACAGUCUGGGUAUUAG